AUGUUGAAGAUCCAACCUUGUCCUGAUAUAACAUUUAGGAUCGCUCAUGAUAUCAGCUUGGACAGUUUCCCUGAUGACGAUCCAGAUGUGGAAUUUGACUUGAGUCCAAAAGAACUAGAAUUCUAUUCUCUGACUCAAAGCAAAGAAAAUAAAUACGAUGUUGCUGAGAAAGAUCAUGAAAAAUCAGAGUAUGAGGACAUUACCAAAAAAAUUGGAAACCUAACUCAGAAACUUCAAAAACUAGACUAUGAAUCCUCAGAUACUGAGAUUGUCCUCAGAAAGAAUGAAAUAAACAAGCAAUUGCACAGUAACAUUGAUAAUGGAAAUGGUACUCCAAGAUUAGAUAAAAAUUGUUUCACACAGUUAUCAUCGGUGAAGGCUGUGAAUUGUGUUAACAACAAAGAAUGGCCUACAAAUAAUCAGAGCAUUGGAAAUGAGCUAAAACCUCCUCGGCGACCACGAAAAUUACCUGAAACUCCAAAAACCAAAAGUUUGUGCACAAUGUUCACAUUCCCUAAACUUUUGUCUAUCUAUCUAUCUAUCUAUCUAUCUAUCUAUCUAUCUAUCUAUCUAUCUAUCUAUCUAUCUAUCUAUCUAUCUAUCGAAACUUGCUUGAGGGUUUAG